AUGGAAACUGAACAUUAUCAUUAUGAAUCCUCAAUAAAGGAUGAAUCAUCAAUAGAAAAAAAUGAAAAUCUUAAUGAAGAUAAAAUUGAUAUUAAAUACUAUGUUGAUAAUUUUAAUGGUGCAACAAAAUUUACAUAUAAGAAAAUAGACAAAUCAGAUCCUAAUAAUGAGAAAUGUUUUGAAUUUGUUGAUUUUUUUGAUAUAUGUCCAGAUGAUUUUGUCAAAUCAGGAAUCAUUAAUUUUGUAAUUAAUGAAAUUGAAAAUACUGAACAAACAGAUAAUAAAAUGAAAAAGGAUACAAAUAUAAAUACUGUGUUUCAGAAACUACAUAUUGCUACUAUGGAAAAAGAAAAAAUUCAUGAGAUAAGUAAAAAUGAAGAUAUAUUGAAAAGAAACAAUUCUGGUUACAAUUAUAACGAUUCCCUUAAAAAAUUAUCAAAUAUUCCAAAAAUAACAAUUACAAAUCAUGAAAAUGAAGUAAAAAAUAUUAACAUCAAUAAUGAUAAUAAAACAAACCAAAUUUAUACAAACGAUAAAACAAUUGAAUAUGCAAGUAUUAUUGCUGAUAAAAUUUAUAAUGAUGCUAUAAAUAUUAAUAAUAAUAUUUUAGCUAAUGACACUAAUGUAAAUAUUUUACAUAAAUAUUCUGAUUUAAAAGAAUUCCCAUUAUCAUCAUUAAACAAUAGUGAAAAUAAUAAUGAAGAAUUUCUUAAUAAUAUAAAAAAAGAUCCUUCAAGAUUGAUAAACUAUGAUUAUCAAGCAGUUGUAAACGAUGAUAUUUUAAUAAAAAAUGAAAAUUCAGAUAAAGUAACUGAUUCAAUUAAAGAUAUUGAAGAGAAAAAAAUAGAUAGUAAUUUGUUUUUAUCAAAACAAAAAAUGAAUUAUUCCAAUUAUAAUAGUAAUAAUAAUUUUGAAGAUUUUAAACAAUUAAAAUAUAAUUUCGAUGAACAUUAUGCUAAAACUUUAAUCAAUCAUCAUGAAUCAUUUAAAAAAUCAAAAAAUUCAUUGUCAGAUGAGGAAAAAAUUAAAACUGUUAUAACAUUAAAAAACAAUGGAUUUUCAGAUAUAUUAAAUGUCAAUCAUUGCAUUGAUUGUAUUUUAGAAAGAACAUUACAAGCAAAUCCAUUUUAUCAUGCUCAACCUGAUAGAUUAAGUAUGCGGUGUAGUAAAUGUAAACCAUGUAAUAGACAUACUCAAACCAAUACAUAUAUUGAUUAUAUGAUAAAAGAAAAUACUUUAGAUGAAAAAAAUCACGAAUGUAUUUGUGAAGAUAUAUGUAAGGAAGUUAAUUGUUCAAUAUGUUCAAUAAAAAUACCACUUUGUAAAAAUUUAGAGCAUGAAAAAAAUUGUACUGAUAAAUAUUCAGCUCCCAUUCAAAUGCCUCAAAUUUCAAAUUCAGAAAAAAGCAUAAAAUUUUUAAGAAGUGAUUCUAAUGAAAUGGUUAAAAAUAAUAAUGAAAAUUUUAUAAAUACAACAUUUGAAAAAGAAAAAAAUAAAGAUUAUGUUAAAUCAAAAAAAUCAUGGUUUAAAAAAAUAAUGACAUGUAACUCAUGUAAAUCUGGAAAAAGAAAAAUAUAUAAUCAAAAUUAA